GAAAAAUCUGAGAUUCUCAUCACUGAGUUGGAGAAUGUUGAGGAAGAAACUGAUGAUCUUGAUGCAGUGCUUGAUUACGCGGAUGCAAGACAAAGGGGUCGUGAGGUUAACGACAUGAUGUAUAGAUACGUCAUUGAAGCUUACUUGGUCCAUAGUAAACUAUGCAAGAAGCACAAUGUGAGAUACCCAGACCCACCUAAGCGUGACCCUUCUAUGACGCAAUCCGCUGCAAUGACAGGAAGUGGAAUAGGUGUUGGAACACCCAAUGAACUCUGGAUGAACUACUGGCGUUGUGAUGCAGAUUUUAAUUUCCAUCACAACCACUGGCAUGCAGUGUACAGAAAUGGCAGAAACUUGAAAACAAGACAAGGAGAACUGUUUGGUUACAUGCAUGCACAGAUGCUGGCGAGGUUUAAUGCAGAUCGAGAAACCUGGGGCUUGGAGCCUGUGAAGGCUUACGAGUUUGAUGAGGUACCAGAAGGUUUUGAUGCUGGAUGGGAAUUUGCAGAAAGAUAUCCAUGGAUUUAUCCACGCCCCGAUAAACAAAUCUGGCCACGUGAUAUUAUAAAUGAGAACAAACACUUUGAGGGAGAAAUUGAAGAUUUGUUUGAUUAUGGAAAGAUUGAAUACAAUGGAAAAGAACAACCACUGAACAGCAACUUUGUUGGACAUAUCUUAGAGUCAUCUUCUGGUAGGUGGCAGCAGCAGUUUGGAAGUUUUCAUAACAUGGGACACAUGGCAUUUGUCUACACUGAAGCAAUGAGAAAACUGGGUAAUCGUAACACAACAUACAUGGGAACUCCACUUUGUGCGGUUCGUGAUCCAAUAUUCUUUCGCUGGCAUCAACAUGUGGAUGAUCUUUAUCAAAUGUGGAACGAUAAAGUGCUUACUAAUCUCACCAAGAAUUCUCCUGAUGUCAUAAUUGAUCCUUGUGAUGUCAUGAUUGUGCCAGGAUUGGAUAUGCCAGCUGAUUUUGACAAGUGGGGUGGAGGUGAUUGGGCAAAAACUGAUUUCUCAUGUGGUGAAAUUAAAACAAAAUUAAGAGAAGCCGACCUUGCCUUUGAAUGGGAUUAUAAACUUGAUCAUGAACCCUUUUCAUACCAUAUAAGGCUCAAGAGGAAACCAGCCUCGAAAGGUGAACUUCGUUUGACAUUACGUCUGUUCAUUUGCCAAGAACGUUUUGUUAACAAACGUAGAAGAUGGAUUGAAAUGGACAAGUUUGUUUACGUAAUGCCAGCCAACGCAACCUAUGGAGUUGUUAAGAGACAAGAUCGUGAAUCUUCUGUGAUCAAACGAAGUCAUGCAGCAACUGAUGGAAGUGAUGAAGCAAAGCAAAAGAACAUAGAAAUUAAAGCUGGCAACUGUGACUGUGGAUGGCCUUAUACUAUGCUGCUACCACGUGGUAAUAAGAAUGGAGAGAAAUGGCUGCUUGGAGUCUAUGUUAGUGAUGGUAAAAACGACCAAAUAAACGUGUGCGCCUCGUGUGGCAGCAUGAGCUACUGUGGAACAAGAGAUCAAAUAUACCCGGACAAGAUGAUCAUGGGAUAUCCUUUCUCUACCAAGAUAUCCCUUGAUGGAAAAGGGGAGGUAGAAAUAUCUGAAGCAGCUAAAAAUCUCUCCAACUUUUGCAUCACUUCUUUCACCAUCGUCAAUGAUCAUCCUUAUACUCCUCCACUCCCGCCUCCGAAGAAAGAUCCUCUUCGUCCUGUGUUUUCUCCUCUCAACACCUUAGGGAAGUUUGUAUCUUCAAACUACAGUCCGAGCAGAUUGGUUGGACGUUUCCGGGUUUUGCUUGACGACACAGACUUCCACCAGAUGGGAAUAGAGAGAGUAAGAGUUGUGUUGAAAGGUCGGGGGGAUCAAAGCUAUGGAAUCUGUAAUAUGAAGUUGUCUUUGCGCUUGGGCAAUACCUUGAAUGUUGACCCGAGAUGUAACAUACCGGUCAUGUUUAACAACUUAAUUGAAGCUGAAGUUCCUGUGGAAGGAUUGACCUCAGAUGAAGUUGUACUUCCAGUAAAAACUGGUGGCCAAAAUGAUUAUUGGUUGACCUUUACACUUUUGUCUCCUGGCUGUUAUGGACUUGCUGAGAAUCGGGACCGAACAAAUACCUAUCGUGUGAAUAAGAGGCUGACUCAUGAUGCGACACAAGAAGACAAUUGGGAAAUGUUCCAAGAGAAUAUGAAGCAAUACAGCAACAUAUAUUGUGUUGGGUCUGUUAUCUAAUAUCACACUACAGUAGUGGUCAACUGUGGUUCAUGAUGAAUUAUGAAAUACUUUGCUAAUAAUCAGUGCCUUGUUAUAAAAACACAACAACAUCAAAAUCCAAAUUGUAUGCAAAUCUCAAGUUUACCAAAGAGCUGUAUCCUGUGUAUAGUUGCUGCAUGUAAAUACUUAUUACCCUACCUGUAGAAGUGUUGUAAUGCAAUCAAAGCAGUAUGUUGAAUUAUUGACAUAAUAAACUGGAUAUUGCACAUCCGAAUUAGUCUGUAGUUCCUUAAGCUUGUGCCAUUGAAUUGUA